CUGAUGAAACGCGAUCCAUCUUUCAGCUCCGCUGCACACAUAUCGUUCAAACGCACACAGAAAGGCAGCUGCCGUGUUGGUGGAACAUCACAGCAGUGUGGCUGUGGGUAAUAAUGAACGAUACGCGGCCGUACACUCGGCAACACUUCACCACUGUCAGUUCUGUUCGUUUAUGUGUCCGUGGCCCGUGUAAAACUAAAAACUUGUUCGAAUGCGAAAAAAGAGGUUGAUUUCCGUUCGGACGCUGCUCAGUGUUUUUUAAUUUUGCGUUUCUCAGUUGAAUCAUUUUCAAGUUUUAGUAAUUGUAAAAGGUGGCGUCUGAGUCCACGGAUCGGUGGCGAAGUUCUAGCAGUGUUUCCGGUCAUCCGUAUCGGAUGUGAAAGUGUUGAUCGUGCGAUUCGAGAAGCUAACCAACAAAAAAAGAGUCGAUUGGCUUCGUGCAGCAGUGAAACUCGUCGGAGACCCAAGUGAAGUGUGUGUUGUGUGUGUCCGUAACGAAUCUCCGACAUUGUACCCGCGCCGCCCUGUGAGCGAUUCAGCGGGUUUGUGUGUCCCGGCGGAAGUAGGGAAUUUUCCACCGUGGUAGCCACACGGAGCAGCAAUAAUCCCGCAUUGUUCCGAACCGACCAUAUUUGCGGUCCAACCGUGUCCAGAUACACGCAACGUUCAAUGGUAAUUACCAUAAUUUUUGUAACAAAUGUCUACCAGAUCGUGAAACUCUUAGUCAUCCCUGUCGCGUGGUUUCAAAACUUAUAUCAAAAAGAUAUAAAAAUGGCCCCGAUUACAAACAGCACCACCUUUUUCCAGAACGGCAAUGCCGCCCAGUUCGAUUACAUGCUCAGCCUGUACCCGCAGGUACUGAAGCUGAAGGCGGACAACCGCGGGGCAAGCAAGAAGGCCGAAAAGCUGAUACGGCUGGACGAGUGGUACCAGAACACCCUUCCGAAGUUAAUCCAGAAACGCGGCAAGGACGCUCACCUGCUGCACGAGGAGCUGGUACAGACGAUGGAGUGGAAGCAGGCCCGGGGGAAAUUCUACCCGCAGUUGACGCAUUUGAUCAAAAUCAACACCCCACGUGCGGUCAUGAUGGAAACGAAGAAGGCAUUCCGCAAGUUGCCCAAUCUGGAGCAGGCACUGAACGCACUCUCCAACCUGAAGGGUGUAGGCAUUACGAUGGCGUCGGCCCUACUGGCAGCCGCCCUGCCGGAAACUGCUCCAUUCAUGGCGGACGAGUGUCUGAUGGCGCUUCCGGACUUCGAAAGCAUCGACUACACUGCAAAGGAGUAUCUUAAGUUUGUGACUCACAUUCAGACUACGAUGGAUCGUUUGAAUACGGAAGUACAUGGCCCGGAUGCUGCGGAGAGCAAUGGCGAAACGCAACCGAAAAAAUGGACAGCGCAUACUGUCGAAUUAGCUAUGUGGUCCUAUGCAGUAGCGUCAGAUUUGCAACCGGAACUGCUGAAGGAUUUGCCGGAAAGUAACGGAUUGGUUACAACCACAAACGGAACGGAUCACGAUGAAAACUCACAAAGCGGUGCUCCCUCAGAGGACAGCAAUCUGGACAGUGAGAGUGCAUCCAAGGAUGCAAUAAUCAGCAUCAAUGGAAAUGCGGACAGUUUAGACGGAUCGGAAAAUGGAUGCUCCAACCAGGAUGAUGCUAUGGCCACUGAUGCUAACGAGGACACCAAUGGUGACGUCAUUGGGAAGUCUUUCCCAACGGACAGCUUAGAUGAUUGUACCAAAUCGGGUGACAGCUUAGACGGACCUCCGCCGACGGCAGUGGAAGCGACAGCCGCAGCCGUGGCCACUCUCUGCACCGCUGAUGCCGAGGGUGCUGUGGAUAGUGAUUCGCAAAGUAGCAACAGUCAGCAGAAACGUCCACUGUACUGCGAUGAAAAUUCCGAAGAUCAACCGGAGCUGAGUGCUCCGAAACUGAUAAAGCUGUAGAACCGAUGGCACAUUAGCGGCCGCAACGGAUUCGCCCCCCUUUUUUCUCUAUCACCCUUCUGAGAUGGUUUUUUUCCUUUUUGUUUCCGGUAUGAGCGGUUGCGAGCGCGAGUUCAACGCAAGAAAUUCGUUUGAUUGAGAGCGGAAGCAUCGUAGGUAGUUUCUUCAUUCUUCAUCUACACACAGACAAACACCAAGCCACGUAUUUAUGAUGCCCCUAGGUUUUAGCAACAGCGUAACAUUCACAAAGAGAAACUGGCAACACAUUUUUUCCGGUUCGAACGCAUCUACUAUACCACUUGCUGACUCUUAAUAUAAUGUAUUGUAUUCGUAAUUAUUUUAUUUACAAACCAGCAUUAUCAGACUAGCAGUAGACAUUACAGUGCGCGUUUUUUUUUAAAUUUAAUUGAACAUAACUAUCGAAGGGAAAAUUCACAAUAAAAAUACAUGAAUAAAUGAACAGCGCUCUCGUUAGGCCUUAGUUUAAUGAACGGUUUGAAAAUGGUACAAUAGAGGCACACCAACAAGAAUACAACAAAAAAAAUCUACAGGAACACGAUUCGUAUUGAUUCCCUCACCUUCCAUACCCAUUCUUUUUUUAUUAUUUACUCCCAUUGCUGUAGCGCUGGGUGGAAACAUCCACCUCGGAUGUGCGGUGAAAUCGAUUCCUGGCUUUUAAUUGUGCCUUUGUUUGAGUUGUGGAAAUGUAUCAUGUGAAUGUAUGUUUCAUGCGAUAUCAAUCGAAAAUAUCUGCAUCAAGGAACGUCAAAGAAUGAUUUCCAAAACGUUUGACCACACUUGACCUUUUUCAACUGAAUGAUUUGAGGCUAUUUUUUGGCCUGUUGAAUUCAAAAUCUAAAUUUUUGUUCAUUCUGCCAGUGAUUGCUCCAAUUAGCGAGGUACAAUUUGCUGAUUGCUUUACUGCCCAUAAAUGCAUGAAUCCCAAAUGGAUUUUUGUGGAAAAUGAGUUAUCUGUUGGAUUGUAUUCUGUGUCACCACUGAAUCACAAUGCACAAUUAAAAUUACCAUGUUUGUUUACUGCCCAUAAUGGCAAGUCAGUCCCAUGUUCUAUGGGAUUCCAUAUCUACAUGGGACUGACUUGCGAUUAUAGGCAGUUUAGAAGAUAUCGAAAAAAAUACCAACACAAGGUUGUCCCAUCCGCAAGGCUUACUGAAAAUGUAAAUCUUGAACACUGGGACUCUUAUGCUUUUAUGGGCAGUUUAUUGGUCUACAAGUAGACCAUUGUAUCACAUUGUACUGAUCACAGGUGUAAUUUUUUGACGGCGAUUUUUCGAAACUCGUAACUUUUUAAACGAUUUUAUCAACAAUCCUAGUUAAUUAAACAAAGACGAACCAAAUUCAGAUUUAUUUGGCACUUAUUUCACUUAAGGUGUCGACAAAACUUUUGAAUAGUGAAUAUAUUGCUGUUUAAUAUCCUCUCACAUGACAAAGCUUCUCAUCAAAUGGAAUCGUUUCACCGCGCAACCCAUUCCUGUACCAACUUGGUCCGCACCGAAAAUUUUUUUUCCAACAAGUCCCUGUUUGCUAUACAUAUACAAUACAUAUAAUCAAAAGAACUGAAAAUUUUCUGUUGAAUUACUUAGAUUUAAUAACAUUUUAGACACAGCACAUUACUCAACCCACGAACCACUGAUAAACCCCGGUUUCUUUUCAUUUGGUUUUGGGACAACUUCUUUACGGUUUAAGCAGCAGAGCAAAGUUAAUUCAAACUGACAGAAUGUGACUUAUUAGCAACUAAGGUAAAUCAUCCAACACAUUUUAAAAAACAAGCCAGCCGCGCAGUGACACGCAGAUGUUGAAGAAAAUAAAGCAUGCACAACAACCG